AUGGACGGCCUCCUCACCCUCGUCAACGACCGCAAUAGGCGUGUGCUCAGGCUAGUCAAGGACCCGAAGGAGUGGCUCGGCCUGAUUCACUGGAGAGGAAAUCGCAAGGUGACGCUGCAUCUCGACCAACCAGUGUCUGGGUCGGCGUCCUCGGUCAAUUUGGGGCGAGUCGAGCUGUCGCUGCAACAGACAGUCGUGCGGCAUGCAACUACCAACACGUCGCUGCUGGCAAUGAUACACGAUGCAGUCUCCAGCGAGUUCCUCGAGUUUAAGGCACAUGCUUCCGCCGACCAAUACACGGAAGUCGAACUGGCAUGGUUCGGCAUCGACCCCACCUCGGUUCCAGCCAUUCGGGCCUUUCGCGACGCUUCUGACAACGACGGACUAAGAUAUGAACGUGCCGCCCUGCGAGACAACCGCUACGGCUGCGUGGUCCUCAGCUUCCCACUCUCCACUCUGUUCUCCGGAACGCCGGAACCGAGCUUGUGGCAGCUGGGCGAGCGGCAAUACACGCGAGAGCUCUCCCAGACUGUGCUGCUGGACCCAACAGGCGGCCCCGUGGCGGUCUACAGGCAGGGCAACGACUGGGCCAUAAUAGGAAAUCAGAGACUGACGCUUCUCUCGUGCGUCGAUGUGACAAUCGCGACUGAUCAGCGGUGGCCGUACGACAUCCACUACCAACCGGAACGCUGGACGCACCCCGAGUUUGCCGUGCAGGGCGGCUUUCGCAUCCGCCCCGACCAAGGUCUGCGCAUCACCUUCGAACCGCACGGCACUGGUGUUUGCGUCAAGGAAAAACGCGGCCGAACGUGCCACGACUGUGAGCGCAGGGUGAAGAAGACGGCGCAACAAGCGCGCGAUGACUUCCUUGCAACGGUCAGAGAAGGUGGCCUCGCCGCCGUGAUGGACGUCCUGCAGUUCCUCCGCGCAUGGCCGACGGCGUUCACCGAUGCCGACCGGGCUGUCCUUGAAGCCGCGAUGCUCCCUCCCCUGCUGCGAGAGGAGGAGGCUCCCGCGCAGUAA